AUGACACAGCAAGAAAGCAAGAAACCCCUCGGUCUAGCGUCCCGCGCAGUGCACGCCGACGACAAGAUCAGUGCCCACCGCGCCGUCGCGCCGCCGAUGCACGUCAGCACGACAUUUGCGUACGACAAGGAUCCGGCAAAGCUCGUGCCGAACGAGAAUGUGGACCCAAACAAUCCGAACGACUCACACAUCUAUUCGCGCGAAUCCUCCCCCAACGCGUCCCGCAUCGAAGCCGUGCUCACCUCCCUGAUUGGCGCGCCGACACUGGUCUAUGCCUCAGGUCUGGCCGCUCUGCAUGCGCUCUUCGUGCAUCUGAACCCUCGCGCCAUAGCCAUCGGCUCAGGCUAUCACGGGGCGCACGCCAUCGUCUCGCUCCUCAGUCGUCUCACGGGUCUCCGCAUUCUCACCCUUGAGCAACUCGACGAACUGGAAAAGGGGGACGUGGUUCAUGUCGAGACGCCAGUGAACCCCACAGGCGAAGCGAGGGAUAUAGCCUACUACGUGCGCCGGGCUCGUGAGAGGGGCGCCUACGUCACGGUCGACGCGACAUUCGCGCCUCCGCCGCUGCAGGACCCGUUCAUCUGGGGUGCGGAUGCGGUGAUGCACUCUGGCACCAAGUAUUUUGGGGGCCACAGCGACUUGUUGCUCGGCACGGUUAGUACGCGACACGAGGACUGGAUCCAGGGGCUCAGGGAGGACCGCGCCGUGCUCGGCGCUACGGUGGGCAGUCUCGAGGGCUGGCUGGGCCUGAGGAGUCUGCGCACGCUGGAAUUGAGGGUUAGGCGCCAAAGCGCCAGUGCUGAAAAGUUGGUCCGCUGGCUCGAGGACGAGCGGAAGAAGGAUGGACCCGUUGGACAAGUCGUGGCGCAAGUCAAGCAUGCGAGUCUCCAGGAUGGGGACUGGAUUAAGGAGCAGAUGCCGAACGGCUUCGGACCCGUCUUCGCCAUCCUCCUCCGCGAUGAGGAGAAGGCUAAGGCUCUGCCCAGCAAGCUCGAGUUGUUCCACCACGCUACGAGCUUGGGCGGGGUUGAGAGUCUGAUUGAGUGGAGGGCCAUGAGUGAUGAGACUGUUGAUAGGAGGUUGCUCAGGAUUAGUGUUGGUGUUGAGGAUGAGGCGGACUUGAGGGCUGAUCUGCUCGCUGGGUUUGAGGCGUUGUUGGGUUAG